AUGGCUCGUUCCGUUGACGACGAGUCAGAGAGCGAGAUAGUUCCUGGCUUCGGCGCCAUGACCCUUACUCCCCGCACCUCAUCCGACUCUACCAACAAGAGUCUAUCACUCCUGCAACAGUGGAACAACUACUUCCAGAAGGGCACCCUGGAAGACUCCCAACGACUGUGUGCCGAUCUAGGUGUCACCAGUGAUCUUCCCAGCAAAACCAAGUGCCGUGAGGCACUUAAAAGCGUCAACGUCAAUAUCAAGCAGUUUCUUGAAUGCGAUAACAAGCCUGAUGGAGUCAUGCUCUUCAAGAGCAGAAAUGCACUUAUCAGAUGGACCUUCAAGAAUCAUGCUGUCUUUCCUAAGCGCCAGCUGCCUCAGGGCAGUCCACUGCGAACAUUGUUAAAGGAGAUAUUUAACUCGCGAUAA